AUGUCAAAGCUAUCAAGUAGAAUACCACCAUUAAGCACACAAUUCAUACAACAAAAGAUAAUUAAUUUAACAAAGUAUCUAUUGGCAUUGGAUGAAUCAGAGAGAGACAGAGAUGCCUCAUUCGCAAGAAACGGAAAUGUUGUAUUGACAAUGCAUGUACAUGAAAACAACUCUAUCAAUUUGAAUAUAAGAGAAGUGGAACCACUCGAUAAUUCUGAGCAUAACAUCGAUAUAGAUUCAAAACAGCAAAUAAAUCAAUUAAAUAAACAAAAUAAUAAUAAUAAUAUCAUUAGCAACAACAACAACAAUAGUAAUAAUAUAGAUAAAUAUUCUCAUUCACUAAGACCAAUAAUAACAGUGUCCAACCAUAUUGCGAAUCUAGAUGAUCCAAUCAUGUGGGGAAAUCUGGGUUGGGACAUCGGCAGUAAACCACAAAACAUGAGAUGGACAUUGGGUGCAUCAAAUAUCCUAUACACCAACGAUUUGUAUUCAUAUUUUUUUAAUUUAGGUAAAUGUGUUAAAACAAUUAGAGGAAAUGGAAUCUAUCAAGAAGCAAUCGAUUUCGCCAUUGACAGACUAUCGGAAGGUCAGUGGGUGCAUUGGGGUGUCGGUCGUAUGGUGGCAGAGAGCGCGUUGUCACCACUGAUACUACCGGUCUAUCAUCGUGGACUCGAACAAUCGAUGCCACUUGGCAAACCACCAAUACCACGCAUCGGUAAGCACCUGGAAUUCUUUGUUGGUCAACCAUUCGACUGCGAAGAUAUCAUCCAGGCAUUCAAAUCCGAUCGACGCAUUGACACCACCAACAAGAAUGCAAAGAGCACCUCACAAUCCUAUUCCAAUAGUAAUAAUUUUAUUUUAAACAACAACAAUAUCAAUGAUAAUAUUAAGAUAGAUUUAAAUUCAACAUCUUUAUUAUCUUUACAAAUUAAAUAUCAAAUUGAAAGUAAUUUAACUAGUUUUGAGAAAUUAAUAGGGGAUGCCCAGUAUCAAUUGGAAAGAGGUAGUAUAUUUCAAUCAAUUGAACUCUUUUCAAGGUCGAUUGAAGAGUUAACCAAGAACUUGAAGGAUGAUGAAGUCAAACACUCGAUAGAAUCAAAUAUCAAACCGUUGAUCAGAUAUUAUCAAACAUUUAAAAAGUGGGAUCAUUCAAACAUGUUACUUGACCAUUUUGACUACGAUGUUUUGUCAACGAUUAUCAGUCAUCUUAUUUUCUCAAAGCAGGAGCGUGAUGACUCUGACGUCGACCGUUUGGAUAGUCUAGACUUUUUGAUGUUUGCCAGAACUACCGUUCUCACUACCAUCGAGUCAAUUAAAUUCAAUCACAUCGGUGUAAAGUGUAUAUUGACAAAUGUUGGAGGUUCUUUCCUCUACGAUAUUUAUAAACAAUCAUUGGCAUCGAUCGAUCCAAUGACCAUCGAUGAGAACGAUACGGAAGCAAUCAAAUACAUAGAUCUUCUCCAAAAAUUUAUUAUCAAAAAUUUUUUGUAUAACGCAAUCGAUAACAGUGAAGCACAACGUCAACUUUCUGUAAGUAAAUUAUUUUUAAAUGAAAGUUCAAUAGUUGAACAAGAGAAUGAAUCAAUUAGAUUGAAGUUGGCUGGAAAUGAAGAUCUACUUUAUCUUUUGUUCAACUAUAUAUCAUUGAUCAACAAAGGAAGUACAACUGAUGUAGAUUCUAAACAGUUCGACAAUAUAUUGGCUUUAUUGAAGAGAAACAGUGGAGAAGCCUUAAAUGGAUAUAGUGUCUUUAUGAUUAGGUAUUUAGUUAAUAGAGUUUUAUACAAUUACAACUUUGAAGAGUUUGGAAAUAGGCUAGAUAAAUUCAGUGAAAUCAAGCAGCAGUUGGAUAACAAUUGGUGUGAGAUUGAGACAUCGAGAGAGCGAUUGCAAUCGUAUUCCAACUUUGUUAAAAGUGUAUUGAAUAGCGAUCAGCCAGAAGAAACAAGUUUGUUGAUAAUGGACAGAUUUGUCUCGAUGUUUUUAGAGAAAGUCAAAGGAGAUCCCAAUGAACUUGAACAUCUUAAACAAAUUGGUAUAGAUCUUACAAGGAUAAUUCGUGAAAUGGAGGACGAACAUUUGAAUAAGAGAUCAUCCAAGCAACCGGAAAAGAUGUUAAUCGAAGCGAAACGACUCUAUAGAAAUGAUGAAAAAGAGAAAUCAUUGGAAUUGGUUAAUUCGAUCAUCAUCAACAAUGAUAAUCAUCUGAAUGAAGUGGUUAUGAAUCUCAAAGCAAACAUUAUGUACGAUAAAAGAAAAUUUGAAGAAGCCAUCAGUUGUGCGAGACAAUCAAUAGAGCUGUACGAUAAACAAGGGAAAGAUAAAAAUGAAGAAUCACCAGCUAAUGAGCUCCCAUGGGUUUUCAUUGACAAUAAUAUUAUUAUUGCAAAAUGCUUAACUCAUUUCAGAAAAUAUCGAGAAGCAGAACAAUUAUUUAGCAAUUAUUUCUAUAGAAAUGAUUACUAUCACCAAAAAGAUGAUAUCCAAUGCUAUUCGGAAACUCUUGAUUAUUUGAUUAAACAAAACAAUAGUAAUAAUACCAACAACAAUAUUAAUAGUAUUUUUAAAGAUAAAAAUGAAAGACUAAAAUCAGAAUUGAAAUUCUAUUCAAAUUAA